AUGGGAAGUUCAGGCUCGUUCUCUCAGUUAAAGCAGAUUGCGGUGGCAGCAUCUCGGGAAGGGAAGAUUGUGACGGCAGAUGAAUGUUCCGACAGAAAACAGAAUGAAGAAGACUUGUUUAUGUCUGCUUUCACUAAGCCACACCCCCAGGUUGGCACAGAAUGGAGUGAUGCAGACCGUGUGUCUCCGUACCCUAUCCUAGUUCCAGAAUAUUUCGUCGAGAACGCGAAGCAGCUGCAAGAGGCACUCGCCAUCGCGGUGGCCAGCAUCGUGGAGCGGUGGGCUGAGCCCGGGGGAGGGAAUGAUUCGCUUUCCCAGCGUAUGCCAAUGCAGUUCCAUGAGGAUACUCUUCUUCGGUGGAUACAUCAGAAAACAAAAGAAGGUGUUAUCGCACCGUAUAAAGAGCGGAUGGGGCACUGGAGGCCCGAUAUCCUGCUUUCGAACACCGAGGAUGGAGCUUUGUCAUUCCGCAUAUGUGAAAUCAACGCGCGGUUUUUCCAAAACUCCCUCAUGUAUUCGAUGCAAGCUUUUACAGCUUGUUCCCGAAUGCUUUCAGGUCACCCUUUGUUACAGCCUACAGCUGACCCAGAAUAUUUGCUUGAUUGUCUCUGCGGUCUCUUUGAUCCCAGUUUGUCUCUCCACCUGCUUGUUGGCUGGGGUAGGCCAAAAUUAGCAUUGGCGAUCAGUAAGCUCUUCAAAGAGCGAGCGGGAGUCUCAGCAAGAGUCAUCAGUCCCUCUGAUCUGCGUCUUAUCCCAGAUGACACGUCCCCUACUGGGUACAGCCUGUACGCAGUCUACACGAAGUCCGAUGUUGGGACAACUCUCGAUGAGAAUACUACACUUGACGGCCUUGAGCCGGUCCGUCAGGUUGGACUGUACCUUUUCCAGGACGAAUUCCGCCGUCUCAGCAUGGAGGUACUCCAGCAUAUAGCACUCCACUGUGUGAAUGAUAUUCGAACAAUUCUUCUAGUAGCUGACAAGCGGAUCUUGGGGAUUGUCCUCCAGGAACUUGAUGCCCUGGUCUAUGACUACAAGGUGAUCACCCCCGAACAGGCACGCAUCUUGCGAGAUGGUAUUGUUCCCACUGUUCUUCCUGGUUCUCCCGAACUAAAAUCGUUGAUCUCACAAAGCCGCUACGACCCAGUCCUAAAGAAUGAGUACAUUAUCAAGCCAUGUCGUGAUGCGGAAAGUGUUGGUAUUCUGUUCGGGGACGAGCUUUUGACUGAUGAAUGGGAACGCCUACUCGCUGACAUGCGAGAUCCGCGACUCUACCCUCACCAAUUUCAGUAUAUCAUACAACGUAUUAUCCGACAACCUGCCAUCAGUCUUUCGCACCAAGUUGACUUAACACACGGCGAUAUGAACAUUGUUGGUCUCUAUUACGCAUUCAACGGUCAUUACAAAGCUCUCGGUGCUUGGAGGGUGACGCAUGGACGACUCUCUGCAUACUCCAAGGGAGGGUUCAGAAUCCCCUCGGUGGCAAUGAAGUAG